AUAACAUCAAUAAGAAUAGGAAGAGAAUUGGAAAAAUUAGAUCCGGGAAGGCCAGAGGAACUGAAGGAACAGCAGCUGCACUGCAUCAGACUCCAAAAACCAGACACAUGGGGAAGAAAGAGGAUAUUUCUUCUGGUGGGAGCCCCAAAAGCAAACACUACCCAGCACAACAUCGUAGAAGGAGGCCAGGUGCUCAAAUGUAACUGGAAUUCAAACAGAAACUGCCAGCCCAUUAUAUUUGACUCCACAGGCAACAGAGAUUUUGCUCCUGAUGAUCCACUGGAAUUUAAGUCUCAUCAGUGGUUUGGAGCCUCUGUGAGAUCCAAAAAUGAUAAAAUUCUGGCCUGUGCUCCACUGUACCACUGGAGGACUGAAACAAAACAAGAGAGAGAGCCUGUAGGAACAUGUUACCUGCUUGCUGGGUCUAAAUCUGUUGAAUAUGCACCCUGCAGGUCAACCACUAUCGAUGCAGAUGGACAGGGAUUUUGUCAGGGUGGAUUUAGUAUUGACUUUACAAAGGGAGACAGAGUGCUACUUGGAGGACCUGGAAGUUUUUACUGGCAAGGCCAACUUAUUUCUGAUCGAGUGACAGAGAUUGUGGCUAAAUAUGACUCCAAAAUCUACAGUACAAAGUAUGAUGACCAGUUAGCAACCAGACCUGCCAGUGCAGCUUUUGAUGACAGCUACUUGGGUUAUUCGGUGGCUGUUGGAGACUUCAAUGGUGAUGGCAUAGAAGACUUUGUAUCAGGAGUCCCAAGAGCAGCAAGAACUCUGGGCAUGGUGUCUAUUUACAAUGGGAAAAACAUGUCUUCCAUGUACAACUUCACUGGAGAGCAGAUGGCUGCCUAUUUUGGUUUUUCAGUGGCUGCCACAGAUAUCAAUGGGGACAAUUAUACAGAUUUGUUUAUCGGAGCCCCUCUUUUUAUGGAUCGAGGUUCUGAUGGGAAACUUCAAGAGGUCGGCCAAGUUUCCAUUUGCCUUCAACGAGCCUCUGGAGGGUUUCAGAUCACAAAGCUGAAUGGUUUUGAGAUAUUUGCAAGAUUCAGCAGUUCUAUUGCACCUCUGGGGGAUCUAGAUCAGGAUGGCUUCAAUGAUAUUGCAGUUGCUGCACCAUAUGGUGGAGAGGACAAGAGAGGGCUUGUCUAUAUCUACAAUGGAAGAGCAAAUGGUUUGAAUGCAGUCCCAUCUCAAAUUCUUGAAGGGCAGUGGGCCGCUCGCACUAUGCCACCUAGUUUUGGGUACUCGCUGAAAGGAGCCACAGAUGUGGACAAAAACGGAUAUCCAGACCUAAUUGUUGGAGCCUUUGGUGUUGACACAGCUGUUUUAUAUAGGGCUAGACCAGUUAUUAGAGUAAUUGCUGCCCUGGAAGUUAAUCCAACCAUUCUAAACCCAGAAAACAAAGCCUGUUUGCUGUCAGAUGUAAAGGUUUCUUGCUUCAAAGUAAAGUUCUGCUUAAAAGCGGAUGGCAAAGGAAAGCUCCCUAAUUCACUCAAUUUCCAAGUGGAGCUGCUGUUGGAUAAACUUAAGCAGAAAGGAGCUAUAAGAAGAGCUCUCUUUCUCCACAGCAAACAGCCUAGCCACUCUAAGAACAUGACUAUUACAAAGGGGGGCAAAAUGAAUUGUGAAGAACUUGAUGCCUUUUUGAGGGAUGAAUCUGAAUUUAGAGACAAACUAACUCCUAUUACUAUUUUUAUGGAAUACCGUCUGGAUUACAGAACAGCUGCAGAUGCAACAGGAUUGCACCCUAUCCUCAACCAGUUCACUCCUGCUAAUAUGAGCAGACAGGCACAUAUUCUGCUGGAUUGUGGUGAUGAUAAUAUCUGCAAACCAAAGCUGGAGGUUUCAGUAGAAAGUGAUCAGAAGAAGAUCUAUAUUGGUGAUGAUAAUCCCUUGACGCUAAUUGUCACUGCUCAGAAUCAAGGGGAAGGAGCUUAUGAAGCAGAACUUUUUGUCAUUGUUCCACCCCAAGCAGAUUUCAUCGGUGUUGUUCGUAACAAUGAGGCUUUAGCAAGACUGUCAUGUGCAUUUAAAAUAGAGAAUCAAACUCGCAUGGUAGUUUGUGACCUGGGAAAUCCCAUGAAAGCAGGAACUAAGCUACUAGCUGGCCUGCGUUUCAGUGUGCACCAGCAGUCUGAAAUGGAUACCUCUGUGAAGUUUGACUUGCAAAUCCGAAGUUCCAACCUGUAUGACAAUGUAAGUCCAGUAGAAUUCUAUCAGGCUGACCUUGCUAUUUUAGCAGCUGUUGAAAUUAGAGGUGUGUCGUCUCCUGAUCACAUAUUCCUUCCUAUUGCAAAUUGGCAGCCAAAGGAGAAUCCAGAAACAGAAGACGAUAUUGGGCCUCUAGUUCAGCAUAUCUAUGAACUGAGAAACAAUGGUCCAAGUGCAUUCAGCAAGGUGAUGAUGACUCUGCAGUGGCCUUACAAAUACAAAAACUACACGCUGCUGUAUAUUGUUCAGUAUGAAAUUGAUGGUCCCAUGAACUGCACUUCAGAUAUGGAAAUCAAUCCACUGAAAAUUAAGAUUUCUGCUUCUAAAGAUGAUGAUAAGAAUGAAACACUUAGCAGAGAAGAUAAUCGUGAUCAUCGUAUCAGUCGAAGGGAUAUAACUGCCAUUGAAGGAGAUGUGCAUACAUUGGGCUGUGGAAAUGCUGAUUGUUUAAAGAUAGUCUGUCAAGUUGGCCACCUGGAAAGGGGAAAGAGUGCGAUAUUGUAUUUAAAAUCACGCCUUUGGACCCAAACUUUCAUGAAUAAAGAAAAUCAGAAUCACUCCUAUUCUCUCAAAUCAUCUGCUUCUUUCAGUGUAAUAGAGUUCCCUUAUAAGAACCUUUCCUUUGAAGAUAUCCACAAUUCUACAGUAGUUACUACAAAUAUUACAUGGGGCAUUCAACCACAGCCUAUGCCUGUGCCAGUGUGGGUUAUAAUUUUGGCAGUCCUAGCAGGAUUAUUGCUCUUGGCUGUCCUAGUGUUUGUUAUGUACAGGAUGGGCUUUUUCAAACGUGUGAGACCACCUCAGGAAGAACAAGAAAGAGAACAACUGCAACCGCAUGAGAAUGGGGAAGGAACAUCAGAAGCUUAAGCAGAGUUUUAUCUGUAAGACAUUCUGAAAUUUUAAAAUGCCUACAUCGUGGUUACGAAUAUUGGUUUCCCCCUUACGGAAAAAACACUUAAUGACUGCAAAGGUGCUGGUCUCGGAAGGUAUCAGCAUGUACAAAAUAAGAGCAAUAUAUUUAAAUCCUCCUUUUUGUAUUAAUUACGUUCAUACAUGUGACUAACACAUCUGCACUGAUUUGCGUGUGAAAAAAUUAAGCAAUAUGUAGUGCUAUGAUUUUGCGUAUCGGGAUGUAGGAGACACCUUUUUUGAUUCACGGACUGACUUUACAUUAAUUGUUACACAGAUUCUGUGUUUGCUCUUGAAGCCAACAGCUUCCAUAGAUACUUGCUGGAUUACACGUUUAGUUUUGAUUGAUUUUUGUUGGAGUACACUACAUUUCAUUUCAGAGUUCUUGAAA